AGCUAUCACAUCAGGGCCAACCCGCUCCACGAUCCAGUCCACGACCUCGCUCGCUUGACCAGUAACACCUUCUAGGAAAUCCUCUCUUAAAUAUAGCUGCAGCUCUUACUGAAGAUUCUCGCACUAUGCUGUUAGACAUCGAAGCGCGCUCUCAGGCUCGCUUUCACGCUGGGGCUUGUGUGCGCUUAAAAUUCGAUGUCCAUGCCUACAUACCGCUUUAAAUUAUCAUUGCUGCAGUGGUAGACGGCACUGCGGUCGCAGACGUUCAAACCAUGGAGGAGCACGAAUCCAAACAAGUUUUUGGGCGUGGGCAGAGCCAAGGGUAUAUCAGGGCGUCAUCUUUAAAUCCCGAGGUGCGCAGCGCAGCUGCAAUAGCCGAGACUGGUGGCUUGUCGGUGAGCGCCUUCGCCGGGGCAGCGGCUGGGGCGCGGAGCGUCAAGUGGACGGGUGCGGUCGACACAGAGCAGCCGCAGCCUCCGGAGGCGGACCCCCCGGGCAUGGUUCGCACGCCUAUCAGCCAAACGCCGCCUGAAAUGGACUCCCGGCGAGCCAUGGGGCUUCCGCCGCGCGAGGCGAACUUGAGCAUAGCCUCAACCACCGCUCUGUCGGCCAACAACGCUCAAGUCGUUGAGGUUCCAUACAAGUUCACGUUGGAGGACCUCAACAGCCGCUCAUACUGGUGGCUGCACGAGGAACAGAGCGACAAGUACUCCAGCACCCAGUUCCCACUGCUCACCAAGCUGCGCGACCACCUCCGCAAGGCUGUCCUCCUGGCCAACAUGGAGAUCUGCUUCGUGCGCUGCUGGCAGCUGUACGAGGUGCCCAAGGGCGAGAAGCCGCCCAGCCUGGCCAACUGCCUGGUGGACUUCAACGAGCCCACGCUGCUGGACCCGCCCGCCAACCCGCUGGAGGAGCCGGCGAAGCUCAAGCAGCGGCAGCGCGCCAACCUGGGAGCGCUGUCGCCCUGCCUGGAGCUGCUAUCGGGCAAGUCGAAGGGCCACUACCGCAAGCGCCACCUGCUAAAGAAGUUGGGGUCGCAGGUGACGUCCGCGCGGCAGAUGCUGCAGCAGCCGGGCAUUGCGCAGGAGCUGGAGUCCUGCCCCAAGGAGCUGCUAACGGAGCUAGCGUUCACCUUCGCGGCCUUCCAGCCAGCCAUCUUGGAUGAGGGGCUCAAGGGCAGCAUGUCGCCGCUGGACCCCAAGUCGCAAACGCGUGUCAUUGAGGACGUUGCCAAGAAGGUGGACGACGACCGCGACGACAGGGCCGAGACGGACAGCCCGCUGAGCCUGGCGGACCUGGGGCUGGAGCUGGCCAGGACGGUCAUGGAGCACCGGCCUGCGUUCAAGAUGUCGGCGUGGCUGCUCCAGGCCGCCUGCAUGUGCGGGCACUACGAGCUGGUGGACAAACUGCUGGAGCCGCAGGACUGCUCCGGGCUCGGCGAGCUGGAGAUUAUCAAGCGGCUGCGCGGCGCCUGGCUGGGAUACGCGGCCUACCACCCGCUGCAGCCCUGCCGCGGCAAGGACGCCGCCAAGGCGCACACCAUCGACUGGCUUGAUUUCAAGUGCUCGCUGGCGCGCGCGGUGCUCAUCGCGCACCGCAUCAUCGAGACCAUUAUCGACCGCGAUGACGACCUGACGCACUCGAUGAUGUAUCCAACUGGCGCGGGGCGGCAGCCGGACGGCGCCGUUGGGGCGGGCGGCGGCACUGGGGCCUCUCGGGAGCACAGCCAGACGCAGCGGCGGAAGUCGCCUGCACGUAAGCCCAGCCGUCAGUCGGGGGGUGCGCCACGGUCGAACGACGAUGACGACGACGACGACGGCUCGGCCGACGGCCGCGGCUCCAGCUCGCACCGAGGGCGCAGGCAAGGCCCUGCACCGGUGGCUGAGGCGACUGAGGCGCAGCAGGGCGAGCCCAUGAAGCCGGGCGUCAAGUUCGGGGUGGACGUGUCGGGCGGCUCGGAAGCCGCGGGCCCGCAGCACAAGGCGCCUGAUGACCGGGAUGCUGAGGACGGCGUGGCUGAGCACCAGGAGCUCACUGACGUCAAGUGGAACCUGGUGCGGCAGCUAUUCCACCAGAAGCACCGCCGCACCGCGGCCUGCAAGCCCCUGGCGCUGGCGUGCCUGCACUACAUCUUGGCGGAGAAGAAGAAAAUCUUCCUGGAGAUACAGGCGGAGAAGGAACGCGUGGCUGCGGAGGCGGAGGCGAAGCAGGCGGCCAGGAAGGUGGCGCGCUCGCGCCCCGCCAGCGGCGGCAGCCGCGCGCCGCUGGCGCAGGAGAGCAGCAUGAUCGAGGACGAGGACGUGGACGACCUGGCGGCAGCGGCGGCGGACGACGCGCAGCGGCGCAAGGACGACGAGGCCAUGACGCAGAAGAAGUACCGCAAGCUGCACCGCCUCAGCGUGCAGGCGGCGCACCUGGCGGUGCACUCCACUUCGCUGUCCACCGUGUCGGACGCGCUGCAGGUGAUUAAGAGCGUCAAGGCCUGGCCGGCUGUGGACCUGUUCAUGCUCAACGACCUGGCGCAGCACUUCCCGCUGCAGUGCGCCAGCCUGCUGAGCGCCAUACCGCUGGAGGAGGUGGACCUGGAGGAUAACGUGCUGCCGUUCCAGCUACCGCCCGGCUUUGUGACGGUGGCUGUGAGCGACAAGGACAGCAAGGAGUUCCGGGAGGAGGGCGGCAGCGGCUCCACACAGGACGCGGCGCACUUCGCCACGCAGCACGACGAGGACGUGUCCAUUGAGGCGUCACUGCUGGUGCAGGGCAAGGUCUGGAUCUCGCUGUUUCUGCUCUUCAUGCCGUCCGAGCUGCGCAGCCCCACCACGCAGAACGCGCUGCGCGUGCUGCGCUGCGCCUUCUUCGCCUUCCUGUGGCAAGGGCCCGGCAGCUGCCUGGUCGCUGUGGCUGCCGCGGCCGGUGCUGUCGUGAUCGGCUUGGCCUCGCGCGCGCUGGUGGCCAUCUUCCGCAUCCUCUUCUACGGCAUCCUGUCGCGCGUGUGGGGUGUGCUAGUGCAGCACUUCCCCGCCGUCAAGGCCGGCGUGGACCGACUGCGCGGCCACCGCAGCUCCCGCGGACACAAGGGCAUCGCUUCCCCCAGCAUGUACAAGAGCCAGGCGCAGAUCGUGCCGACGGCGCACUCGGUGCCGCCCACGCCGCUGGGCGGAGCCGGCGGCGGCGCGGGUGCUGGCGGCGGCAGGGCGGGCGCGGCGGGCGGAACCGCGGGAGCUGAUGACGACGGCAUGGCGCCGAUGGACGAGUUCUCGGCCCUCACAAGCCACCUGGGCAAGGGCCUGUGGCACCGCUUCGUCGCUCACGGCCACAACGCGGUCAUCGACAAGGCACUGGGCUGGGGCAAGGGCUCCACAAGCAUCUCUUGCCGCAAGGUGCCGCUGCCGGUGGCGUACGCGGAGGAGCGCGACCCCGCCAAGCACGUUCGCCAGCUCGACACCAGUCUGCUGGAGAAGCUGCUGAACGCGCCGGGCGUGCACCCCAGCGUGUUCGGCUCCCGCGUGCUGCGCGCCUUCAUCCUGUUCAAGUGGAACUACUUCACCAAGUUCUUCAUCAUCUUCCAGUUCCUGCUGCACCUGACCUACAUGUCCGUGUUCAUCGCCUACGCCUUCACCAUCAAGGACAUGGACCCAGUGGACGGGCGCGAGUCGGGCCCGGGCGCGGACGUGCCUGGCUGCCAGCUGGAGGCGCCCACCCGUCUGCAGAUAGGGCUGCUCAGCGCCCUGACCGUCAUGACCAUCGACUUCAUCGUGCAGGAAUUCAGACAGAUCCGGCACUUUGGCUUCCGCAUCCUGAACCACACCUGGGACCUGCUGGACCUAACCAGCGUGGCGCUGGUGGUUGCCUCCAUCACGUUGCACUUCAGCUGCACCUCGGGUGUCAGCCCGCUCACACUGCGCGGCCUGGCCGCGGUGCAGAUCUUGCUGCUGUUUAUGCGGCUGCUGUACUACGCCAUGGCCAGCGACCGGCUGGGCUCGUUCGUGCGCAUGGUGCUGGAGACCACCUACGGCCUGCUGCUGUUCUUCCUGUUCCUGUCAGUCAUCUUCGUGGGCUUCGCGCUCGCGCUGGUCGUCGCGCAGGGGUCCAUCGCGGACAUCAAGCAGACGUUCAUUAAGCUCUUCACUAUGAUGUACGGUGACUUUGACGCUGACUUCCUUACGAACAUUGACUCUGGAGCGCUCGGUCUGGACGCACUCACCCAGAUCAUCACAUCUUUCUACAUGAUCCUGGUCACCAUCAUCCUCCUGAACCUGCUGAUUUCCGUCAUCAGCGAGUCAUACGAGCGCAUUCGUGAGAACGAGCGCUGGGAGUCACUGCGGAACAAGGCCCUGCUGAUCGUGGAGAGCGAGACGCAGCUGUAUCAGUUCUUCCUGGCCUGGCUCUACAGGACGCUGUGCCCGCCCUCCAGCGACGCCAAGCCCGCAGGCGGCGAGGCGCACGGGCGCAAGGGCCGGCGCUACCUGUACGUCAUCGCGCCCGAGAAUGCACGGCGGGUGAUGGCGACGGAGGAGGAUGAGGAGAUGGAGGACGAGGAUGACGAAGACGAUGAUGAUGACGACGACGGCGAUGGCCAGUGGAAUGGCAGGCUGGGCGAGAUGAAGCGGGCCGUGCAGGGCAGCAGCCGCAGCACCGUGGACGGCGUGCGCAAGGAGAUGAACAAGAUGAUGAAACGCAUGGAGGAGCUGGAGGAGGAGAAGAAGGCAAAGGAGCUGGCGGCCGCGAUUGAGCUGCCUUUGCCGGCCGCUGAGGGUGCAGGGGUCGGGGAGCAGGGGGGGCAGCAGCAGCUGGCACUGCAGCGGGUGCCGUCGGUGCCGGCGCAGCGCGCACCGUCACUGUCGUCGCCGCUGCGGUCGUCACGCAACCAGUCGACGGCGGCGGGCGCCGUUGCCGCGGCGGCGGACGCGGCGGCGGCGCGGGUGUCGGAGCAGGUGCAGGGCGCGUCAGAGGAGGUGCAGGGCGCGGUGUCGUCGCUGCGUGCCGAGAUGGAGAAGCAGACGACCCAGCUGGCGAAGAUGAUGCAGCUGAUGCACGGCGGCGGCGGCGGCGGCCACGCCGCGUACAGCCAGCCGGCACCGUUGCUGGGAGCGUCCACGGCGGCAGCGGCAGCGGAUGCGGCGGCGGCAACGGCGGCGGACGUGGCGGCGGCGGCGGCGUGGGUGUCGGAGGAGAUGCAGGGCGCGGUGUCGUCGCUGCGUGCCGAGAUGGAGAAGCAGAUGAACCAGCUGGCGAGGAUGAUGCAGCUGAUGCACGGCGGCGGCAUGGGCGGACACACCGUGCCCAGCCAGCCGACGCCGUUGCUGGGAGCGUCGCUGGGGGCACCGCCAGGGCACAGUAACGGCAGUCUGGCCAGUCGGCCGUCAGUGCCGGGUGCGCAGCACCCGCUGCCGCCGGUGGGGGCACGGCGCGUGUCCGGUAACGGCAGUACUGGCAGCGGCCCGGCGCUGACGUCCGAGGUGUCGGAGAUGCUUCAUGCUUUAUCCGCGCCGGCGGCAGUGCCCCCGGGCAAGUUGAUGGGGUCGGGUAGCCACCCGGGCGCGCACACGCAGCGCGCUGAGUCGCCCAGCGUUCCGGAGGCGGAGGUUUGAACUAGAAACUGCCGGGGGGCUAGCGGUUGUGGCGCAAGCCGGGUAUUGAACGGCGAGCGGCAUGUGUAGGUGUUGUUGGUGGUGGUGGUCUUGCACACAGUCAUACCGAUAGGUUGCAUGGCCGGAGUGAGAGCACGUGCGGCAUCGAUGCUCAAAUGCAGUUCAAGCAUUCUUGGGUUGCGCUGUCCAUGUCUAGUGCAGUGCGAGCAUUCGCGUCAAGCUCGGGCAUACCGGUACAAACGCAUGAGCGCAAACUGCGCGGGGGUUCGCGUGCAUCGCCCUUGCCAUGAUCACCGGGCUCGAAAACCUCGCCGUUGAGGUGUUGCAUUGCAUUGUCGAGAGACCGGGCGCGUAUGGGACGAAUGGGAAGAGUGGACUGCAUGUUGUUCAACCCGAUGGGACUGUGUGGCUGGCUCGGAAUUGUGCACUUGCGCGGCGAUUGCGGCGUGUGGGCGCAAGCGCAGUAUGCGAGGCGUCAAGUUGGCAAAGCAUCAGUAAUGUUUCCCGCACGUGACACAUCGGCUACGGUGGCCGCUGGUGACAGAAUAGGACAAUAGAAGCUGUAUGGUUUUAGCGGCAGCGCAGCUCACGAAGACACGUGCAUUGGCGCCCGGGCUAGGGGUGAGGACCUAGCCCAGCAUUGCGCUUCAGGACAGCAUGUGCACGGUUGGCAUACGUGGCCCUUACAAGUAACGCACAGCAUAUCCGCUCAAGCUGCACCCCGGCGCUGCGGGUGACAGGCGCAGUAUCGCAGGCGAUUAAGUUCAUGUCAGUGUGCUAUGAGAGAGUUCACUCGGGUCUAAAUUGUCGCUUUUUAGCAGCAAUAGGCUAGCCGGGCUUAUGUGACUGAGCUCCAGGAAAGCCUUGGACUCUAGAGAGUCAGAGCACGAGUGGUGGCGUGCUGCUGAUAGCAGUUUGCAGUCGGCAGCUUUGCCGGCGUAAGAGAGCGGUGAGGUUGAGGUUAGCAGCGAUGGGUGUGUGCGCGCGACGGGCGUGUGGGCGCCAUGACUAGGUGGUGCCGUUGGCGUGCGAUUGCUUGCACACAAGUGGGCAAGUCAAUGAGUCAUUCCCGUCUUACUCUGUACCUGGCAGGGAGCAGUGUGCGCGCCGGCAACGUACCGUAAGUGUCAAUCUUAGUGUAAGGUGAAUGCUGUUUUGGAGUUCUGAGAUGCCGGGGUUGUCCCCCCCCUCCCUUCUCCUUGAACGGCUCUCCCCC